UCCGAGGGCCGUCCUGAGCUGUGCAUUUGGGGUGUCUCCUGCCUGCCACGGUCCUCCCAUGGGUAGCUGGGGGGGCAGCCGCAGGGGUCGUGGAGAGCUUUGCUGACGAUGGAUAGCCCCCCGAAGCUGACCGGUGAAACCCUGAUCGUCCAUCACAUCCCCCUGGUGCACUGCCAGGUCCCUGACAGGCAGGCCAACCCCUUCUGCCCUCCCGAGGUGGGUGUGGCAUGCACCACCUCCCUCCCGGAGUGGGACCUCUCACAGACCGACUCCCUGGUCUACAGCAGCUUCCUCCAGGCUGCAGACCCAGAGCUGGCCCCGGCGGAGACGGCAGAGGAAAAGGAGGGGAAGCCCCAAGAUGCCCCUGCCGCUGCUGGAGCCCACAAGCGACAGAACCCGUUCCUGCUGGGGGAUGCCGAGGGCCCCCGAGACCUUUGUGAAGAUGAUCCGGGGCAGAAGUCAUUCCACCUCCAUGGCGGCAAGGCUGCCUUCCGCCUGCACGAGCUGGCCCUGCCGCCUUUCCGCCUGCACGACACCAAGCCCGUCGUGAAGGCCUGGAGCGCCAGCAGCCGCCUGGACGUGGUGGAGGGCCAGGAAGACCAGCUGGCCGGCGGUGAUGCCCGGAAGAAGAGCCGCCUGGCCUCGGACUGCAUGGAGCUGGACGAGUACGGCUGCCCCCGCGGGGACCCCUCCAGCUUCUCCUUCGAGCAGGACUGGGCCAGCGAUGCUGAGGAGCUCCUGCCCAGCCAGGAGGGGCCGCGCAGCCGGACGUGCAGCUGCUCCAGUGCCGAGCUCCAGCGCUGCCGCUGCCACAGCCUCUCCAGCCACUCGGAGCCGGCGGACCAGCAGAUGGGCUACGUCAGCGACUCCUCCUGCAACAGCUCGGACGGGGUGCUGGUGAACUUCAGCGCCCUCUACCACAAGAUGAACGGCCACGCCCACGCCAACCUGAACUCCGGCCAUCUGUCGUGUGACUCUUCCUCAGACAGCCACUCAGACACGGGGGCUUUCUACCUGGACUUGCACUCGUCGCCCAUGGAGUCCAAGAUGCCCUGCAAGGCGCACCACCCCGAGGGCUCGGGGAAGGCCUGCGGGUGCCAUCACCCCUCCUCGCCCCUCUUGGAUGCCAACUGCAACUCCUACCUGCCUCCAUGCGAGCCCUGCACCUCGGACGGCUCCGACCUGACCACCUGCUUCCAGAGCCAGGCGCGGCUGGUGGUGGCUACCCAGAACUACUACAAGCUGGUCACCUGCGACUUGUCUUCCCAGUCCUCCCCCAGCCCCGCCAGCUCCUCCAUCACCAGCUGCUCGGAGGAGCACCCCAGAGCCAGCCCCUUGCAGCCCACCGAGUACUACCUGUUCCAGAGGCCUCCGGCCCGGCCGGAGGAGAGCAGCGACACGGAGGGCUCCCGGGGGGAAGGCUCGCAGGGGGAGGCGGCGGAGAGGAGCGCCAUCGAGGGGCAGGUUUACGUCAACGUCUCCCCUCCCACCCUGGCCAACGGGAGGCAGCGUUCCCGCAGCUACGACCGCAACCUGGACCGGAGCCCCACCAGCCGGCUGGGCUCACUGGAGCGCAUGAUGAGCUGCCCGGUGAAGCUGAGCGACAGCCCCGCCCUGGCCCUCCAGGGCUCCCCCCCCAGGCGGGUCACCUCCUUUGCCGAGCUGGCCAAGGGCCGGAAGAAGACGGGCUCCUCUCCCCCGCUCCGGGCCAGCAGGGACUCUUCCCUCGAGUUCUCCCCCAUCCCUGAGUCCCAGAGGGGCGGCUCCGUCUGCCACAGCCUCCCUCCCAUGCCCUUGCUCCGCCCCCUCAGCCGCAGCCCUGAGCGAGGAGGGGGCCCCUCUGGGAAGGACCCGUGGGGCAGGGAGGCCCUCGAUCCGGUGGUGGUGGAGGCAGGGGCCGGUCAAAAAGACAUCCGGGCCCGAGCAGAUGGCGGGGCCGCAGACAGCAAAGUGGUGGUGCGCUACAGCAAAGACCAGCGGCCGACCACGCUGCCCAUCCAGCCCUUUGUGUUCCAGCACCACUUCCCCAAGCAGCCCAAGGGGCGGGCCCUGCACAGCCACUUCGCCUCCAGCCUCUCCCAGCUCUACAGCCUCUCGGCCGCCAGCCGCUCAGCCGGCCAGCAGCUCUCCUCCACCUCCCAGUCCUCGGCCUCCGCCACCUCCGCCGACCAGCCCAUGGUGGUGGGCGCCUUGGGGGCCGGCCAGCGCUCAGCGGACGGGGCCGCUUCCCUCAGCGACGGCAGUGCCAAGAAGCCCGGCCCAGAGACCACUCGCCCGUCCCCGCUGGGCAGCUACUCCCCCGUGCGAAGCAAUGUGCCUUUCUUCCAAAAUGUGGACUCCUCCUCCUCUUCUGCCUGCUCCUCGACUCCUGAGAGCCACCCUCCCCGAAGCAGGUCUUGCCCCGUCUCUGCCAACCUCCUGCCCACCAAGCCUUCCCCGGCCCCCCAUGCCAGCACCCGGGCCAAUCCCGGACACAAAAAGGAGAGUCCUCAGCCGGUCCCCAAGGGGCUGCCCGAGCAGAAGAGACCACCAGAGGAGUGCCAGCUCCACGGCAGCAGCUCCCUCCCGCCUGUGGCGACCGAGAGGUUGAGCUUGUCCAGGGCAGGAGGACCUGCCGACCCCAAAUGGAAGGCCGGCUGCAAUGAGCCCCUCAGCGCCGGACCCUUGGGUGCCAUGGGCCCCCGCCCCCUGAAUGCCCACCACCUCUCUCCGCAAGCCCUCAAGUGGCGGGAGUAUCGGCGAAGGAACCCCCUGGGGCUGGACCGCGUCUCGGGGCUGGCGGGCAGCCUGGACUGGAGGAACACCAUCUUUGAGUUCCCAGGUGCCCUGGGUGCGGGACGCGCCACCUGCAGGCUCAAGGGGCAGGCUGUGAAGCCCCUGCCGCUCAACUACUCCGACUUCUUCCCCGACUAUUUCUCCCUGGCAGAAAAGCCCCCCGCGGAAUUCUGCCUGUCGCCGGAUGGGAACGCGGAGUCCGUGUCAGUUGAUCUCCUGCAGAAGAAAGGGCUGGUCAAGGCCAUCAACACAGCCGUGGACUUGAUAGUGGCACAUUUUGGGACCAGCAGAGACCCCGGGGUGAAGGCCAAGCUGGGGAACAGCUCCGUGAGCCCCAACGUGGGGCACCUCAUCCUGAAGUACCUGUGCCCAGCCAUCCGCAGCCUCCUGAGCGACGGGCUGAAAGGCCACGUGCUGGACGUGAUCGUGGGCCAGAGGCGCAACGUCCCCUGGAGCGUGGUGGAGGCCUCCACUCAGCUGGGCCCCUCCACCAAAGUCCUUCACGGCCUCUGUGCCAAGGUCAGCCAGUUCCCGGAGCUCACCAGCCACACCAUGCGCCUCAACGCCUUCCUCCUGGGCCUCCUCAACAUCCGGUCCUUGGAGUUCUGGUUCAAUCACCUCUACAACCACGAAGACAUCAUCCAGGCGCACUACCAGCCGGUGGGCUUCCUGUCGCUGUCCCACGGGGUGUGCCAGGGCCUCUUCGAGGAGGUGCUGCUGCUGCUCCAGCCGCUCUCCCUGUUGCCCUUCAGCCUGGACCUCCUCUUCGAGCACCGCCUGCAGCAGAUGGGCAAGGAGCAGGAGCAGUGCAAGGAGCUGCUCCGCACCCAGCAGGGCCUGGUGCUCUCGGCCCACUCCACCCUCCAGCUCAUGAGGACCCCCCGGGGGGGCAGCAGCAGCAGCGAGCCCAGCUGGGGGGCUGAGGAGGACAACCCUGGGCACCGCGGGGAGGAGGAGGCGGGCCGCGUCAAGGGCGUGGGGGCCCCCGGAGGAGGCGGCAGGAGGGAGGAGGAGGGAGGCGGGGAGCACAGGGACGUCCUGGUGGCGGCUGCAGGGCUGAGGAAAGACAAGCAGGCCAGCUGGUGGUACCAGCUCAUGCAGAGCUCGCAGGUCUACAUUGAAGGGUCUACAGCAGAAGGCGCUCGCCUCAUCCGCUACGAGCGGAAGAAGAAGGCGGUUGGGGGGGUGGGGACCAAGCAGCAGGCCGAGGCCAGGAAGGGGCCCCCCCCGAGGGAAGGGGUGGUGGAAGGGGCUGAGGCGUGCCCCGUCACCGAGGGGCCCCGCCCAGAGCCUGCCCAGAAGCUGGAGCCCUGGGCCCAGGGGGGGCAGGUAGGGAAGGAGAAGAGCCGCCCCUUCUGGAUGGGCAGCCCCCCCGACUCCGUCCUCACCGAGCUGAAGCGCACCAAGGAGAAGGAGCGGGGGCCGGUCCCCGGACAGGGCCCUCCCCCCGGGCAGAGCAGCGCCUGCAGCCCCGAGAGCAGCCAGCCCAAGUGGGGCCACCUCUUUGGCUCCCGGAAGGCGACCAAGGAACCCAAGCAGAGCAGCAGGAUGCCGUCGGGCUGGCUGAGCCUGGACCGCUCCGUGUUCCAGCUGGUGGCCCAGACCGUGGGGGCCGGAGGGGCGUGGAAGGAGGCGGCCUCGGAGCCGGAGAGGGGGCCAGCAGACUGCACUUCUGCCUGCCCCAAGCGGCAGCCGCUGGAGAGGAACCUGUCCCCAGAGACCCCCUGGGAGGUGAAGGCCCUUUGCCACCACAUCGCCACAGAGGCCGGGCAGCUGAGCUUCAAGAAGGGAGACAUCCUGCAAGUGACGGGCAAGGUGGACGCUGACUGGCUGCAGUGCAGCAGAGGAGCUGAGAGCGGCCUGGUGCCCAUCAUGUACGUCACGCACAUGGAAGACGAGGACUAUUGACAGGACGGGGCACCAGGCUCCUGAAGGACAGCCACC